AUGGCUCCCGAAGCGACGGACGCGAACAGCGUGCUAUUUGAGAGCGACGCAGGGACUCCCGACCUCGGGUUGAAGAAGACAUCGGUCCAGCGAGCCGACGACACACCAUGGGCCUACGAUUGGCAACACGUCAUACAAGUUCCGUUUCUAUACGCCACGGGAAUUUACGGGGCCUUUCUUUUUUUCAUGGCGUCGAAAUGGCAAACUAAUCUAUUCACCUGCUUGCUGCACUUAAUGGGGUCGCUGGGCGUGACGGCGGGCGCGCACCGGCUCUGGGCCCACAAGGCCUAUAAAGCCAAGUGGCCUCUCAAACUUAUUGUUUUAGUCUUCCAGACAAUAUCAAUGCAGUACUCGGUCAUAAACUGGGUGCGCGACCACCGCAUGCACCACAAGUACGUGGACACGGAUGCCGACCCGCACAACGCCACACGAGGGCUGUUCUUCUCCCACGUCGGCUGGCUGAUGGUGCAGAAACACCCGGAGUACGAGCGUAAGAGCAAGUUGUUGGACAUUAGCGAUGUCGAAGGUGAUCCUAUGCUGCGAUUUCAGAAAAAAUAUUUUUUCAUCUUGCUGCCGCUGGUCACUUUCAUAUUUCCCACUCUGGUCCCGGUCUACCUCUGGCAAGAGUCCUGGACAAAUGCUUUCUUCGUGGCAGCGAUGUUCCGUCUCUCUUUGACCUACAACAUGACUUCCCUGGUCAACUCUGCCGCCCACAAGUGGGGCCACAAACCCUACGACAAGAAUAUCCUGGCCACAGAGGGUCGUCUUCUCUCUCUUGCCUUCGUUGGAGAAGGCUUCCACAAUUAUCAUCACACGUUUCCUUGGGAUUAUAAAGCGGCAGAAAUCGGUAGCAGCAUUUAUAAUUUAAGUACGAUUUUUAUAGAUUUCUUUGCGAAAAUUGGCUGGGCUUAUGAUUUGAAAACUGUGUCUGACCAGGUUAUUCAGAAGCGUGUUGAACGUACUGGAGACGGCUCCCACAAUCUAUGGGGGUGGGGCGGCAAGGAUCAGUCUAAAGAAGAGGUAGAUGCAGCUAUUAGAAUUCAUCCUAAAGAUGACUAAAGUUUAUUUUAAUUACAACCAGAUACAUACUAAACGUUACAUAUAGUAUGGAGUCAUCAUCAUCAUCAUAAAUUGAAGAGCUGCGCUCUUGCCGUUGAACCCCAGGCAUGUCUGUCUUUGGCCUAUUCCUUGACAGCCUGAUACGACACGACGUUCACCUUCACUAAUUGAUCCAUGUAUGCCCUUCUUGGCUUUUCUCUAUUUCUCCUUCAUAUGGCGUCAAGAAUUGUAAUAAAUAAAUAUGUAAAUACAUAAAAGUAGUGAUUAUUUCGGCCUUCGGUUUUCCACUGCCUCUUCACCCAUAACACCAGUAAGGGAGGUCGCAUACGGCGACUUUUUGCGAUUCAGUCGCGCGUUUCAUGAACGCAUGCCUUAUCGAGUUCACAACGCGCGACAAAAGCGAUGCAGUAGCGUUAAGUGUCGGCUUACGUGAGCGAAUAACUCACGAACGCGAAGCGGCGC